AUGCAGUCGAAUGCAAGCUUCGAUAUUGCAGACAAAUAUGCGAGUAUAGUUCCUGGCCCUACCGUCCUUGAGCUCCUCACCGAGUUCAAGCAAGAGGAAUUUCUCAAGAAAUGUCUGAACCCCAAGUCUCUGCCGAACAAGUUGAGCAAACCUUUGCUUGAGGAUCACCAUGCAGAAGGGGCAGCUGAAGGAGUCUGCUCGGCUGCGGUGAUGCACUGGCUUGAUACCGGCGCCGUCCCUCCUCCCACCGAGGAAAUGGCUGCAGGGCUAGCCCGAGUUCAAGGCUCCUUUGAGGCUGACACUGAGCGGGAUUACUGGAAAUUGUGCAGCAACCUAUCAAAAUCUUCCAAGAACCUCAAGGAACCUGUCAAAGACAGCAAGGGCUUAGAUCUCAACAUCAUGCAAACUUUUAUCAACUAUUUGCUUGACAACUCGGGUAAAAUCAACACAAAGUUCAAGCUUUUCCUCAUCCUUGGGUUCGUGGAUGGCUCUGCCCAUGCAGUUGGCUGGAAUCUGGGAACCAAAAGCUUCUUCGAUCCCAAUUAUGGCGUUUGGAGGAUCAAGACUCCUGAUCCCAAGAGUGGCAUUUGGAAGAUGAUACCUUUUGCCAAUGGCCCUGAUGCUGCCACAGACAUCGCAUACUCAAUUUCUGGUUUGAAUGAGAUUCGCAGUAAAUAUGGAGCCAAAGUCUCUAUCAAAGCCAUCACUUUCUAA